ACAUUAAAAAUAACCAUCAAUGGUCUGCUGGGUCUUUGAGGUUGAGGUUGAAGCCGCAAAUAGAUAUGCCCAUCAUGUCAUCCUCAUUCCGUCGUCGUUCUUCCAUUCCCAUUCACGGCCCCGCACACAACUAUAUAACUCCACUCCCUCCAUUACCACCAAACUCCCCCACCCCCCUCCUCCUUCUUCACCACCACCACCGUCGUUUCCAAAACUCGAAACUUCAAUCUCUCCUCCAACACCAAAAACCAAGACCAGAAUCCAUCGAAAGAUGGGUAGUCUGGGCAAAUCAAAAAAGGCUAUGGUCACCGUGCUCUGCUGGGUCUUGGUGAGUGCCACUCUUCAAGGCUGUUCCGCCGAUGUUCCUCACUUCUGGAACAACACCCCCUCUCGCUCCGGCUCCUCCCUCGUCCUUCCUCUCGCCGGAAAAGUUUACCCUGAUGAGUACUUUUCUGUGUCGAUCGACAUUGGUGGCAAGGCUUUUAAAAUGGACAUUGACACUGGCAGUGUCUUAACUUGGGUUGAGUGUGAUCUUUCUUGUACCGGGUGCACUCAGGAUCCCGAACAUCUUUACAAGCCUCAUAACAACUUUGUGCUCCGUUCGGACCCUCUCUGCGCUGCCUCACCUAGAUCUACAAACCAACGACGUAGGCUCCCCAGAGAUCAUUGUCCAUAUAAGGUGCGAUAUUUAGAGGGAAGUUCAUCUACUGGUUCUCUCGUCAGUGACUCUUUCUCCCUGAAAUUAAGGGACGGGUCUACCCUCAAGCCACGUUUGACCUUUGGAUGUGCAUAUGAACAAAAUGCCGGUGACACAUCUCCUAGUACUACCAACGCUGGUCUCCUUGGCCUUGGCAAAGGCAAAGUUGGCAUCCUGUCUCAAUUAGUUAGCGUCAACGCGAUACAAAAUGUACUAGGUCACUGUCUGAGCGCUCAAGGUGGAGGCUUCCUGUUCUUGGGAGGUGAUCUCGUCCCUUCUUCGAAAAUUGCCUGGGUACCAUUUUCAGCUGGUUCAUUGACCAAGCCCUACUACGAAGCAGGACCUGCGGAACUCUUGCACAAUGGUAAGCCUACUGGAGUAGGCGGUCUUCAAGUGGUUUUUGACAGUGGAACCUCCGUCAAUUAUUUUAAUACUGAGGCUUAUGCAGCUGUGGUCGACAAGGUAAGGGCAGAUUUGAAGGGAAAGCCUCUGGAAAAAGUAGAUGGGCACGAGGGAUUUCCAAUAUGCUGGAAGGGAGCAAAACCUUUCCAGAACGUGAAUGAGGUCAAGAAUUACUUCAUGCCUCUAGCGUUGAGCUUUAUGAAAGGAAAUGCCCAACUCCAGUUGCUGCCCGAGGAUUAUCUCAUCAUCAGUAAUAUUGGUGCUGCAUGCUUGGGAAUUUACGAAGUCAAGAAAAAGGGACCACGAGAGCCCAGUAUAAUAGGAGACAUUUCCAUGCAAGAUAAAAUGGUGAUCUACGACAAUGAGAAGAAGCAGAUUGGAUGGGUUUCGGCAAACUGUGCCAUGCUUCCGGAACCCUGAUCUGUUCUGAGUUAAUUUUUAUUAUUAAAUAAUAAUGCGCUGUGUACUUUCUCACCAGGAAUUCUUUUCCUGAUUAAUUAACAGUGCGGGUCAUGAUUAUAAUGGUAAUUUUUCUGAGCCUUA